AAGCCGCACCGCCAGAUUCAGCGCCACCAGAUGCAGCACCACCAGUAGCCGCACCGCCAGAUGCAGCACCGCCAGAAGCCGCACGGCCAGGUGCAGCACCACCAGAAGCCACACCGCCAGAUGCAGCACCACUAGAAGCCGCACCGCCAGAUGCAGCACCACCAGAAGCUGCACCGCCAGAUGCAGCACCACCAGAAGCUGCACCGCCAGAUGCAGCACCACCAGAUGCCGCAUCGCCAGAUGCAGCACCGCCACAUGCAGCACCACCAGAUGGCGCAUCGCCAGAUGGCAUCAGCCACCGCCAGAUGCAGCACCACCAGACGCCCCACCGCUAUGCAGCACCACCAGAAGCCGCACCGCCAGAUGCAGCACCACCAGACGCCGCACCGCCAUAUGCAGCACCACAGAAGCCGCACCGCCAGAUGCAGCACCACCAGACGCCGCACCGCCAUAUGCAGCACCACCAGAAGCCGCACCGCCAGAUGCAGCACCACCAGACGCCCCACCGCCUUAUGCAGCACCACCAGAAGCCGCACCGCCAGAUGCAGCACCACCAGAUGGCGCAUCGCCAGAUGCAGCAUCACCAGAAGCCGCACCGCCAGAUGCAGCACCACCAGACGCCGCACCGCCAUGCAGCACCACCAGCCGCACCGCCAGAUGUAACCACCAGAUGCCGCACCGCCAAAUGCAGCACGGCCAGAUGCAGCGCCACCAGAUGCAGCACUGCCAGAUGA